AUGUUUAAUACAAUUAGUUAUUUUCAGUAAUAGCUUCAAAUCACCUUUGAUGGCUAGUAUAAAAAUACAAAAAAAGAUGGUAAAUGGGAUGUAUUUUAUAAAUUUCCUUAACAAUAAAAGCUUUAGAAGAUGUAAAUUAUUCAAAUAUAUUAGUGGGGGUGGAUUAUAUGGUAAUGGUGUGAAAAUUGGGAAAUGGAUUGAAAUUGAUGAAAAAAGCGUGUUAGAUUAUAUUGUAUCUUAUAAUGGAGAAUAUCAUAAUGAUAAAAAAGUAGGUUUAUGGACAACUUUAAAAAAAAAAAGUGGUAUUGAAUAGUUGUGGUAAUAAUAUAAUUAAUUUUAAUAUAUUAAGUGGUUCAGCUAAUUAUGAUGAAGAUGGUACAGAGAUUUUUAAAAAUGAUGAGUAAUUAUUGUUAUUAGAUAUUAUUAGAGCUUCUAAUUUUUUGUAAGUGGGAGAAUUUAAAAAUGGAAAAAAAGUAGGUAAAUGGAAUAUCUUUUAUAAACAUUAUAAUAAUGAUAAGUUUUAAUUGAUGUAAAUAUAAUCAAAUAAAAUAUUUUAUUUAGUGGUGGUGGAUCUUAUGAUACUGAAUGCGAAGGCUUUAAAAUUGGAAAUUGGGUAGAAUUAAGUGAUUUUAAUGCAGACAAUAGGGAAAUAAUCUAUAAAGGAGAGUAUAAAUAUGGAAAAAGAGUUGGUUAAUGGGAUAUUGUUUGUAUAGGAGCAUAUAAUAAACCAGAAAAGAAAAUGUAAAAAUAAUUUAUUUAUUUUAGUGGUGGAGGAUAAUACGAUGAUAAUGGUAUUAAAAUAGGGUUGUGGAUUGAAGACUAAUAAUUGAAUAAAUAUAUUACAAAUUAAGGUGAGUACAACUAGGGAAAAAAGGUUGGCAAAUGGAAUAUUUUAAUGAGAAAUUCUGACGAUCAGCCCCAAUAAAUGUAAAUUAAAAAUAUAAAGAUUACUUUAGUGGUGAAGGCUCAUAUGAGAAUGGUGAGAAAUUAGGCAAUUGGACAGAAUGUGAUGAAUGUAAAGAUGUGAUUAAUUUUUCCUUUUACAGCCAAUUAACUUUAGAUGGCUUUGGAUUCCAGAUUUGUUAAGGUGGAUAUCAAAUUCAUAGAGGAGAGUAUAAGAUGGGCAAAAAAGUUGGUUUAUGGAAAAAUUUUAUUGAGUAACAUAAAAAUUUUUAAUUGUGGUAUUAAGAUAUUUCAUUUUAAUAUAUUAAGUGGUUCCGCUAAUUAUGAUGAUGAUGGUACAGAGAUUUUUAAAAAUGAUGAGUAAUUAUUGUUAUUAGAUAUUAUUAGAGCUUCUAAAAUUUUGUAAGUGGGAGAAUUUAAACAUGGAAAAAAAGUAGGUAGAUGGGAUAUUUUUUAUUGGGAUUAGAAAAAGGCUAAAUUUGAGUAAAUGUAAGUAUCUAAAAUAUUAAUUUUUAAGUGGAGGCGGUUUAUAUGACGAAUAAGGAAGUGGGAAUAAGAUCGGAAAUUGGAUUGAAUAUAAAACAGGCUAUAAAAAUAAUUCAUAAAUCACUUUUAAUGGUGAAUAUAAUAAUGGUAAAAAGGUUGGUUUAUGGAAAACUUAUAAAAAAAGAAAAAAUUUCAAAAUAUAAAAUUAAAUAUUUCAAUUAUGGUAAUCAAUAUUAUUUAUCAUUUAGCGGUUGUAGUAAUUAUGAUGAAAAUGGUAUAGAACUUUAUACAAGUGAUAAGUAAAUAUUAUUUUUAGUUAUGUCUAGAAAUUUAAAUAUUUUCUACCUGGGAGAUUUUAUGAAUGGGAAAAAGAUUGGAAGAUGGGAUAUUUAUAAUAGGUGGAAUAAGAAAUAAGAUUUUUAUAAGAUGUAGAAUAAUCAAAAUGAUAAUUUAUAUUUUUUUAGUGGUGGUGGAUCAUAUUAUGAAGGAGGCAAUGGCAAUAAACAUGGGAAAUGGAUUGAAUUAAGUAAUUAAUUCGGAUUUUACAGGAACUUAAUUUAUUGUGGCGAAUAUAAAAAUGGAAUAAAAGUUGGAAGGUGGGAUAUUGGGUAUAAAGGUGAGCUUGAAAAGGUUUAUAAAAAGAUGUAACAUAUUUGAAAAAUAUUUUAUUGUUUUAGUGGUGGUGGAACAUAUGCUAAUGGAAUGAAAAUAGGUAAAUGGAUUGAAUUGAAUGAGUAAUGUUAAGAAAUUACAAAGAGCUAAUACUAUUAAUUUCAUGAUGCUUUUGAGAUUUAUUAAGGAAAUUAUAAAUUUGGUAAAAAAUUUGGGUUAUGGGAAACAUUUAAAAUAUAGAAUUAAAUUAUUAAUUUUAAUAUAUUAAGUGGUUCAGCUAAUUAUGAUGAAGAUGGUACAGAGAUUUUUAAAAAUGAUGAGUAAUUAUUGUUAUUAGAUAUUAUUAGAGCUUCUAAUUUUUUGUAAGUGGGAGAAUUUAAAAAGGGAAAAAAAGUAGGUAAAUGGAAUAUCUUUUUUAAACAUUAUAAUAAUGAUAAAUUUUAAUUGAUGUAAAUAUAAUCAAAUAAAAUAUUUUAUUUAGUGGUGGUGGAUCUUAUGAUACUGAAUGCGAAGGCUUUAAAAUUGGAAAUUGGAUAGAAUUAAGUGAUGAAGGUUAAAAAAGUACAAAUAGCACAAAAUACUAAAUUUGUCAAGGGGAUUAUAAAUUUUAUAAAAAAAUUGGCUUAUGGAAAAAAUUCAACAUUAUUUAUAAAAAUUUGUAAUUGUGGUAAUAAAAUAAUUAAUUUUAAUAUAUUAAGUGGUUCAGCUAAUUAUGAUGAAGAUGGUACAGAGAUUUUUUAAAAUGAUGAGUAAUUAUAGUUAUUAGAUAUUAUUAGAACUUCUCAAAUUUUGUAUAUUGGAGAAUUUAGAAAUAGAAAAAAAGUAGGUAGAUGGGAUAUUUUGUAUGGAAGAUCUACUGAAGAGUUUAUAAAAAUGUAAAAUAUGAAAUCUUAUGUAUAAACUUAAGUGGUGGUGGUUAAUAUGAUGAAAAUGGUAACUUUAAAAUUGGGCAGUGGAUUGAUUUGAUUGAUUCCUUUGGAUACAAUCGAGAAGUCAUAUAUAAAGGUGAGUAUUAUUGUGGUGAAAAAGUUGGAAAAUGGAACAUUUUAUAUGUAGGGGUUGUGGGUAAAGAACAUAAUAUAAUGUAAUUAUAAGCAAUUAUUGUAUAGUGGUGGUGGAUAGUACGAUAAUAGCAUUAAAAUUGGGAAGUGGACAGAUUUGAGUGAUUCUUUUACUUCUAAUAAUGCAAUUAUGUAUAAAGGAGAAUAUAAAAAUGGUAAUAAAGUAGGUCUUUGGGAUAUUUUGUUGGAUUGGAUGUAUUUUGAUAAAUUAAAGAUAAUGUAAGAUAUUAGAAAUUUUAUAAAUCUUUUAGUGGUGGUGGAUUUUAUGAUAAAUAAGGUUAUAGUAUAAAAAUAGGGUAGUGGAUGGAGUUAUCUGAAUAAUUUACUAAGUUUUGUUAAAUUAUGACAAUUGGUGAGUACAAGAAUGGUAGAAAAGUUGGCACCUGGAAUGAGAUAUAUAUUUAAUGAGAAAGCC